AUGCCACAUAUCGACUCUUACCGAACCUGGAGUCGCCAGGUCCAUGGUCAAACCUACACGAUCUCAACAGACCCAAGGCUGAUCCAGUAUGAUGCCCUCGAUGCAGCCUUCCGGUCUGACAUGCUUUACUGGGCGCAGCCCCUGUCCCCAGAGCUGAUGCAACGCUGCGUGGAGCAAUCGCUCUGUUUUGCGCUGUAUGUUGUAGAUAAUGAUGGAAGGAUAAAAGGAGAGCAAAACGAUGUUCAUGGGAAUACGGAGACAAAAGGAACCGAGACUCUCCAGGAUCCUGAAUCCAAGAUUCAGAUGGUCGGUUUUGCACGGCUCAUUACCGACCAUGUCACAUUCGGAUACCUCACCGACGUGUAUGUUCUUUCCGAACACCAGGGCCGGGGCUUAGGCAGGUGGAUGAUGCAAUGUUUGAACGAAGUGGUCAGCGAAUGGCCUAUGCUGCGUAGAUGUAUACUGUUCACUCGCGGCGAAACGGCCGCUCGAAUGUAUCGCAAAACGAUUGGAAUGAUGGAGUGGGAUGGGCAAAAGGCCGGCCUGAUUUUCAUGGAGAGGCCUGGACCUGGGAAGAGAAUACCGCAAGGAGAUGGGACAGAGAAAGAGGACAAGUCGGUAUGA